AUGGCUGAAGUAGCAAAGGGUAAAACCACAGAAAACUUAAACAGAAAUGAAAAACAAAACGAUGUAAGGCAAAUGAAUAUUUUGGCAGCUAAAGCUGUAGCUGAUGUAACACGAACAAGCUUAGGACCCAAAGGAAUGGAUAAAAUGAUUGAAGAUGGAAAGGGAGGUGUUAUAAUCACAAAUGAUGGAGCAACCAUUUUGAAAGAAAUGGCAGUUGCUCACCCAACAGCAAAAAUGAUAGUUGAACUAAGUAAAGCACAAGAUGUAGAAGCAGGAGAUGGUACUACUUCUGUUGUUGUUAUGUGUGGGUCACUUUUGAGUGUAUGCAAAAAUUUAUUGGAUAAAAAUAUUCAUUGUCAAAAAAUAUCAGAAAGUUUUUUUGAAGCAUCAGUAAAAAGUUUAGAAAUAUUAAGAGAAAUGUCUAUUCCAAUUGAUUUAAAUGAUAAAAAUAUGCUAAUACAAAAUGCUAUAACAUCAUUAAAUUCGAAAGUCGUUUCACAUAACUCCUCAUUAUUAGCCCCAAUAGCUGUAGAUGUUAUAUUAAAAAUUACUGAUAUAAAUAAUGAUAAAAAUGUCGAUUUGAAUAAUAUAAGAAUUGUAAAAAAAUUAGGUGGAACUAUUGAAGAUACUGAAAUAGUAGAUGGACUAAUAUUUACAAGUAAUAAAAUAUGCAAAAAAGCAUAUGGAAUAAAAAAUUUAUCUCAAGCUAAAAUAGGUUUAAUUCAAUUUUGCCUAUCUUUACCCAAAACAGAUAUGGAUAAUACUGUUGUAGUAAAAGACUAUAAUAGUAUGGAUAGAUUAUUAAGAGAAGAAAGAAUGAUAAUAGCUAAAAUGGUAAAAAAAAUAGCUAGUACUGGCUGUAAUUUAUUAUUAAUACAAAAAAGUAUAUUACGAGAUGCAGUCAAUGAUUUAGCAUUAGAUUUUUUAGCUAAAGCAAAAAUUAUGGUUAUUAAAGAUAUCGAAAGAGAAGACAUUGAAUUUAUAUCAAAAACAUGUAAUUGUGUUCCUGUAGCUAGUUUGGAUUAUUUUACUCCAGAUAAAUUAGGUUAUGCAGAAAAUGUUGUAACCGAAUCAGUAGGCUAUGGUGAAAUUGUUAAAAUUACAGGUGUAGAAUCAAAAAAUACUAUAUCAGUUUUAGUAAGAGCAUCUAACAAUAUGAUGUUAGAUGAAGCAGAAAGGUCAUUACAUGAUGCAUUGUGUGUCGUUAGAAGUUUAGUUAAAGAAAGAGCUAUAUUACCUGGUGGAGCUGCACCAGAAAUGGAAUUAUCUCAAAAAUUAUAUCAAUGGGCAAAUACAUUAAAAGGAUCAAAACAGAUAUGUGUUAAAGCAUUUUCAGAUGCUUUAGAAUUAAUACCUUAUACCUUAGCUGAAAAUGCAGGAUUGUCACCAUUACACAUUGUAACAGAAUUAAGAAAUAAACAUGCAGAAGGCCAUAAAUAUUAUGGAAUUAAUAUAAGGACUGGUACUAUAUCAAAUAUGAUUGAUGAAAAUGUUAUACAACCAUUAUUAGUAACAUCAACAGCAAUUAAAUUAGCAACAGAAACUGUUAUGAUGAUUUUAAAGAUCGACGAUACAGUUGUAUGCAGAUAA